GAUUAGAGAGAGAGAGAGAGAGAGAGAUGGUGAAGACGGUGACGCCCGGCGCGGUUUCCGCCAUGCGGUCGGCCCCGUCGCCGGACUCCCCCGCCGACGUGCCCGAGCUCGUCGUCCAGGUCCUCGACCUCAAGUCCACCGGCACCCGCAACCGUUUCAUGUUCACAGCUAAUGAUGGAAAGAUGAAGUUGAAAGGGAUUCUGCCUUCGAACGUGGAAUCUGAGAUUCAUUCCGGGAGCAUUCAGAAUCUGGGUCUGAUCCGAAUACUUCAUUACACCCUCAACGACAUUCCGAACAAGUCGGACAAGUAUCUGGUCGUCAACAAGUGUGAAGCAGUUUCUCCGGCACUUGAGAUGGAAAUCAAGAGUGAUGCGGGUGAUCUGGACUGUGGCAUCCUUUUAAAGUCGAAGCAAGAAGAUGAAACUAAUUCUGAGGUCACGGUUGAGGAGAGUGGGAAUCUCUGGAAGCCAAAGCAAGAAGUUGAAGUCGGAAAUCAAGUGAAAACCGGACCUGGAAUACAUUUAAAGCCAAAGCAAGAGAUGGUUGCAAAGUCGGCUGCCCAAAUUGUUCACGAACAGCACAGGAAUAUGGCCCCUGCUGCACGCCUGGCCAUGACUAGAAGGGUUCAUCCUCUCGUAUCGCUGAAUCCUUACCAGGGCAGUUGGACUAUAAAAGUCCGGGUGACAAGCAAAGGGAGCAUGCGCACUUACAGGAAUGCUAGAGGCGAAGGUUGUGUCUUCAAUGUGGAGUUGACAGAUGAAGAUGGUACACAAAUACAAGCAACAAUGUUCAAUGAAGCUGCCAGGAAAUUCUAUGACAAGCUUGAAAUAGGGAAGGUGUAUUACAUAUCGAGAGGAACACUAAAGGUCGCUAAUAAACAGUUCAAGACAGUGCAAAAUGACUACGAGAUGACCUUGAAUGAAAAUUCUGAGGUGGAAGAGGCCAGUAAUGAAGCUUCUUUUGUCCCAGAAACAAAAUUUAAUUUUGUGCCAAUCGAUAUGUUGGGUCCCUAUGUCAACGGGAAAGAGCUUGUUGAUGUGAUUGGAGUGGUUCAAAGUGUUUCUCCUACAAUGAGCAUCCGAAGGAAAAGCAACAAUGAGAUUAUUCCUAAGCGUGAUAUUACUAUUGCUGACGAGACGAAAAAGAUCGUUGUGGUUUCUCUGUGGAAUGAGCUUGCGACUACUGUAGGUCAGGAAUUGCUUGACUCUGCUGAUCAAUCGCCUAUAGUUGCUAUAAAGUCCUUGAAAGUUGGGGAUUUCCAAGGUGUAUCUUUGUCAUCACUAGGCAAAAGCGUAGUAAAAGUAAAUCCAGAGACACCAGAGGCAAAGAAGCUGAGGUCCUGGUUUGACUCUGAAGGGAAAGGCAGCUCAAUGGACUCUGUUGGUUCAGGCUUAAUUGCCUCAUCAAGAAAUGGAUCAAGGUCCAUGUAUUCCGACAGAGUGUUCCUUUCUCAUUUUACUAGUAAUCCUUCCUUGGGUGAAGACAAGCCUGCAUUCUUCAGCGUCAGAGCCUAUGUGAGUUUCAUUAAGCCUGAUCAAACGAUGUGGUAUCGUGCAUGCAAAACAUGUAAAAAGAAAGUGACAGAAGCUAUUGGAUCUGGCUAUUGGUGCGAAGGGUGUCAGAAAAAUGAUGAAGGAUGCAGUUUAAGAUACAUAAUGGUAGCGAAGGUUUCAGACCCAAGUGGUGAAGCAUGGGUUUCUGCAUUCAAUGAAGAAGCAGAGCAUAUCAUUGGGUGCCCAGCUGAUGAGCUCAAUCAACUGAAAUCGCAGGAGAACGAGGAGAACCCAUAUCAGCAAAAGCUGAAACAAGCAAUUUGGGUUCCUCAUCUAUUCCGGGUCAGCGUUGCUCAGCACGAGUACAUGAGCGAAAAGAGGCAAAGGAUCACAGUGAAAGGAGUUGCUCCCGUGGAUUUCGCUGCAGAGUCCAGAUAUUUGCUGGAAGAAAUAUCGAAACAGAAAGCUUCUUAGUAGGGUUUGGAUAGGCCUCGUUGUCUCUAACUUUAUGUUGGCUAACCUCUCCUUGUUGAGUGGGGAGGCCAUCAUUUUGGAUCCUCUUCUUUUGCUUGUAUAUGGCUUUCUGGGUUUAGUUAAAAACAGGUGACUUGCUGCAUCUCUAGACUAGCUUUAAAAGUUACGACAAUUUUAUGUCCA